AAUUUACGAAUAUUUCAAAAUAUUUCAUUUACUUAUAUUUAACUGAAGUAGCAUAUAUCAAAAUUCCAAAACACCGUUUCAGAAUGAUUCAUAAAAGCCAUGAAGAUAGACUAGAAGCGGACAGUACCUCAUGCUAUAACUUCUCGAAAUGACCAUUAUUAUAGCAAAACGGUCUUUCUCGGUUUUUCAGUGGCUUUCCAAGUUGUGUUGUUCAAUAUUCCACAGGAAACCUUUUAAGAGAUUAGAGUCGAGAAAUUGCCCGGAGCACUUAGGAACAAGUAACCAAGUGUUGGUUCAACAUAAACUUGAAGUAUCUGAAGAUAUUUGCUGCAGUAAUACUCGGAAUAGAACAGUACAUCCUGACGAAAAAAUGAAGUCGCAUUUAUCAGUAGUUGUGAAUCGUUUGUCAAGUAACAUAUCGCUAAGCGAUCAUGUGCGCAAACCACUAAUUAAAUUUAUUGGUGCUCGACUUCCACGACCUCACUAUGAUCGGUCAGCCGUGCCAUCAGUGAUAUGUGAGUCGAAAUCUUCAGUAUCUCAAGAGUUGGUUUCCUCAUCGAAUGAGCCACCAUCAGCUGUAAAAAGUACGAUUCAAAGAGGAGAAUUAAUUGAAGAUUGGCAAUUACCUGUUUUCCUUCGUCGUAAACAAAUAUCCGAGGAAGAAUGCCUUGCUAUCAAUAAUGGUGGUGCUUAUGGACUGGACAGUACUUGAUAAGAUAAUUGCUGGACGAACUAAUAUCUCAAUCGUUCUGUUUGCGAUUGCAGAAGCGUAAAUACGCUAUUCCAUUUGGGAAUGAGUGCUCAGAUUUCUUCAACAAAUUAACUAAUGAUCAACAUGUCAUUUUUAAUAAAGAUUUGCUCAACACGUUGUUUUUCACAUGAUGCUGAUAGCGCUUAUAGUAAGAUCAACGGAUGAGUUGAUCGGAAUUACUUGUAUUCAAAAAUAUAUAAUAGUUGAACUGUGACAUGUUUUUAUAAUUUUUUCUCCUUUAAAAUUUCUUCCGUACUAUUGUGAAUUUAGCUCUCAGUCUCAUAUGUAUAUAUUUAUUUCUU